AUGUUUCCCCUACCAUUAAAAGUUAGGAGGUAUCAAGGACCACAUUCCUCUUGUUUAUUAACAGCUGGCUCAAAUAUUGCAACCUCAACGAACAAACAUAGAAAUUUAAGUGAUAAUCAUUUUCACCGAACUAUUAUCUACAAUCAUAUAAAGUGUGUACUUAAUUUCACAUCAGGACUAUUAUCUAUGUUUUUCUUUGCCAGUGUGGGCACAGCAUUUAUACUUGGAUACAUUUUAACUAAAAUACUCCUUAGAUUCCAGUAUAAAAUGACAUUAUUAUUAAUCUUCAUGGACAGACAACCAUUUGAAUUAAAAUUAAUGAAUGAUGUUUUUAUAUUUUGUUUACAUGUUAUGUUAUUAUUGAUAGGGGGAUUUGGAUCUUUAUCAAUAUUUUUUGUGGAAAUGUAA